GGGUGACGUCCUGGUUCACGGGUCAACGCUCAACCACUGAGCCACCCCGGCCGCGUGUGACCACUCCCUUUAGGGGGCCGUAAGGGGUGAAGGGCGAGCAAGGGACGUUGUUCUCUGCCUUCAGUUGGAUCCACCAGCCCCGGGGGCCUUGUCCCUGUGGGGCUUGUACCUACCGGGGAGACCGGAUCCCUUGGAGGAUCGAUGGAAGCCAGAGACCCGCCUUCCCGUUAGACUAAAAUAAGGGAGCAGUGACCCCUCCUCCUCAGCCCGAGGAUGCCUCUCUUCGGGAGCACGUUCAGUCCGAAGAAGACACCCCCCCGGAAGUCAGCCUCGCUCUCCAAUCUGCACAACCUGGACCGGUCCACCCGCGAAGUGGAGCUGGGCCUUGACUACGGAACCCCCACGAUGAACCUGGCGGGGCAGAGCCUGAAGUUUGAGAACGGCCACUGGGUAGCAGAGGCCGGGCUGAGUGGCGGGGUGGACCAGAGGGAGGCCCAGCGCCUCCGCAGGCGGAACCAGCAGCUGGAGGAGGAGAACAACCUCCUGCAGGUGAAGGUGGAGGUCCUGCUGGACAUGUUCUCCGAGACCACGGCCGAGUUCCAGAUAAUGAAGAAGGAACUGGAAGAGCUGAAGAGUGUCAACCGGAGAAGGAAAUGAAGACCUCACGACGCUGGUUCGCUCUCAUUGGACGGACUCUUGGAGAAGCAGCUGGAAUUCAUCUGAGCCGAGCCUCCCCUCCCGUUGGUGUUCGGGCCUGGCCCCAGUUCUGAAGAGCCCUGCCUUCUGCCCUCAGGCCGCUCUCUCUGUGCGUUAGAGUGUUUCUCCCCAGAUCCACACCCUCUGGCUUCAGUCUCAGCAGCAAUCACCAGUCUUCUAUGCAACACUAUAUUUUUGUGCGACUUUCUUGUUUAUACUACUCCCCCUUGUUUUUCAAUAAAGAUUU